UACUUAUUCAUGAGAGAGUGAUACGUGGCUUCUGAUGUCUAGCACAAAUUUAAACCAUUAUUCAUGAGAGACUUCAUGCUCCUGCUAAUUAUAAUGGGGAGGCAUAAGACAACGGUUAAUGGUUAAAAGCAAAAUAAAUGUGCUAGACAUUUAAGGUCAUGUAGCACUAUGGGAAGGAACAGUAAAGGGAAGUGAAGGGUGGUAGAUUUAGUAGUUAGUUGCUAUGAGUAAUCUAUAUAUAGUAGUACUGAAAAGGUUAAAGAAGGGUAAAGGAGCUGAUGAGUGAAUGGGUUGCGGUGGGGUAAGGGGAUUAGAUCAAGUGAAGGAUAUGUAUGCGUCUGAGGAAGGAGAACAGGUUGUCAAAGCAAAAAGUGGGGGAAUUCUGUAAGGAUGUCUGAUAGGUUAGGAGGUCAGUGAAGGGAGGAUAAGUCGGAGAAAGCAGAGGUACGGGUUGCAUUAAAGCGUGGACAGGACAACAAAAUGUGUGGAACUGAAAGAGGGUCAUUACAUAUGGGACGUGGGGGCGGAUCAGUAUGUGACACCAGAUAGGAGUGUGUUAGACGGCCAUCUCCCAACGUCCAUUCCAGUAAAAUGGAGCUGACCAAGGGGAGAUUGAUAAUUUUACAGUAUGCAAUUUAUUAGUGCGGAGACUUGACCAGAAAGACUGCCAUCGGGUAUACAGGUAGUCAGGCAAAGGGCAAUGACCCAAGGAAAUGGAAUCUGGUUGCGGAGAGCCAGCUUUCCUUCCAAUUCUAGGUGACACUCCCCACCCAGCCGGAGUCCGAGCCAGCCCAAGAGGGACGAGAAGCCGAAGACUCUAAAAGUCGACCCAGUCAGGGGAUCUUCCUCUCUGGAGAUUUAACUUAGGAAAAAGAGACAAACAGCGCCAUCCGAGAUGGGAAUGACGCUGCAUUUGCACUCGAAAGAAUUCCGAUGCGCUACGCUUAUGAGCAGCCCUGUCUUUCGUUCCGACCGCCGAUUCCCCGUCCUUAGUCCACCAUGAAGCUCUCCUUCGUCGUCGCCUUCCUCGUGUGCGCGCAGCUGGCUCGGGCGCAGAACGAGGACGAGCCAAGUGAGAUUGCGCCGUACAGUGUCAUCAGGACAGGCGAUGGGUACGAGGAGCGCGCGUACCCGGCGGCCAAGUGGGUGUGCCACAGCCAGGUCCAGCAGGCGGCCAGCAGGCGCAAGGACACGCGCUCGUUCUUCGCUCUCUUCCGCUACAUCGACGGCGGCAACGAGGCAGAGGCUAAGAUUCCGAUGACCGCGCCCGUCAGAAUGAAGAAGACGCCCGUGGACAAGAAAGUCGACGCCCAGAUGUGCUUCUACCUGCCCGAAGCCCACCAGGCCAGCCCACCAGCGCCCACUAACGCCGAGCUCUACAUCGAGGAGCAAACCGCCUUCACCGCCUUCGUCAGGACCUUCGACGGCUUCGCGAACAAGGAGCGCGUUUGGGAGGAGGCAGCGGAGGCCCUCAAGGUCAGCCUCGAGGCAGCGCAGGAGGAAGGAGUCGACUUCUCCUUCUUUUACAGGGCUGGCUACGACCCCCGAUGAAAUCGAAAACCGCGAAAUGAGGUUUGGUACCUGAAGAAUUAAAAAUGCACUCAAGGAACUUUUUUUUAUUAUUAUUUAUGUUAAUCAUCGUCAUGCAUAAAAUACACAUGAUUAUAAUGUCA